AUGGACGAGGUCAAGGCGUACCAAAGGCUUCACGCCAGGCUCGUUCUAGCACCACGCCAAAUCGACUGGGAGUACUUCAACGACGAGCUCGAGAUCGGUGACGAUAUCUACCGCUACAUUAAGUUGAUCGACCUCGAGGAAUUCGAAGAUACGGAACCGUAUGCUUACCGGUAUUUGACUCUGGAGUUCUUCAGCACAUCGGGGCUGUCUUCGGGUCUAAUCAGCGACUUGGCUCAUGUGGUGAUCCACAAGUACAUAUCGCAAAUGAUCUUCGACAAGAAGGAGUCAAACAAGGUGAGCGAGCAGCAGGUGUUCAUCUUGUGGUCGAUUUCUCACGACAAGCCGGUGACCAUGUUGCAGUACCUGAAGGACACCCUUUUCGACAUACGCAACGACACGAGGCGUGGUCCAAACUUGGGCCAUGUGGUGUCCAAGUUAGCCGAGUACUUUGGGGUUGACAUCGACGAACCCCCAAUUCGUGCCAAGCAGAUGUCACAGAAGUACCUCUAG